UGUGUCGUCAUGUCAUACCUGCAGUGGCUUCAAGACAGCGAUUACAAUUCCAACUGUAACCUGUGCAAUACCCCACUCACAGAUGAAGACACCAUCCGGUUAGUUUGCUAUGACAUUUUCCACUGGUCCUGUCUGAACAAGAUGGCCGCCCAGCUGCCAAAGAACACAGCGCCGGCCGGUUACCAGUGCCCGAUGUGCAAGGGACCGAUCUUCCCCCAGGCCAACACUGUCAGCCCCGUGGCUAACGUGCUGAAGGAGAGGCUGUCCACAGUGAACUGGGCGCGCGUCGGCCUCGGGCUCCCGCUGAUUGACGAGGUCCAGCCCCCUCACGACCAGGAGUCACUCGACAGUACGGACUACGCUGAUUGGUCGGUCCUUCCUGAUCCCAGCACGGACGAAGCCUCCGGGCGGACCCAGCCUUACCCCUCGGGCGCGGUCUACUCUCCCCGGCAGGGAUACGGCACGGAGCUGAGUGAUGGGGGAGCAAAGGAGGGCCCGGGCAUGGUCACUGUGAUGCCCGACAACGAAUCCAUCACCCUGACAACCGGGAGCUCUCUGGCAUCCUUGCCCCGGAAGGUCUACGACACCGUGGCGCGGGAAGCGACCAAGUCCACAGAAACGCGCAUUGAUUUCGACGACGACAAAUACCGACGGCGCCCAGCUCUCAGCUGGUUUGCACGGUGGUUCAAGAACGCCAGCGGAGCGAGGAAGCCGCCGCUCUCCCGGUUCCAGCGCUUUGCGGCGAUCCUGCUGAUCGGAAUCCUGGGCUUCCUCACGCUGCUCGUCGUCAUGUCCAAGCUCGGGAGAGCGUCCGUGGACAACGACCCCAACUGGGACCUGAUGCAGAACCCCCACGUGCAAGUGGGAGCCGAGUAGUGAGGGAAGGGGGAGGGGGGGGGGGAGCGGGGAGGGGGAGGGAGGGACUCCCAGCGAGAUUUCCGUCAUUCUGUACCUACACGGCUCCCCCCACCUCCGUCCCGCUCCUUGGGAAUCUCUGGGUUGCUAAGUGACGAGCGGUAGCGAAUCCAGGUCUGCGGGCGCCGUGCCUCGGGACCCCCACCCGUCUCCUGCGUUCGUCCCCCCCCCCCCCCACUCGGGGGUUCGAAAAUGGCAUCUCUCCCACCUGCGCCGGGUGGGUCUUUCAUUUCACUGACUUCACCUUCCUUCCCUGGAUGACCACCCGCACCACCUACCCCCUCACUCUCGCCUCUCGGCAUUAGGUCCCUGAAACCGCGGACGUGAUCGGGAACAUUGUCUCACAACCCUCUCUCCCUGCCCCCCCCCCCCCCCCAAUCACCAAAUACCUUUCAUUCUGGGAUCACACUGUGCACAAAUUGUUCACUCCCACU